AUGGCAAAUGCGACGGGCCAAAGGAAUUUUGUAAUUGAUAUCUCAACUCCCGAAACAUUGGAACGAGACUUCUAUGCUUGGCUUUAUGGCGAAGGUCAGACAAACAACCGUAAUUUGGAACGUUUACCUCCCAUUGAUGAUUUAGCGUUUGGUGGUCGUGACCUUUUCGUAUCACCAGACGAUCUUUCAGAUGGCGGAUCGUUUGCUGGUAGUCCACCAUCUUCAACAUCUUCAGAUUCUAAUGAUUCUAGAUCAUCAUAUGAAUCUGAGCCACGCCGAAAAUCUAUUAGCUCAUGUCCUAAUCGCAGUUCAGGCACAAAUCAACUAGGUCGUACGUACAGUCCUGGAUUACCUUUAUCAAUGAGUGAGCGAGAACAAAUUGUUAGCUUAUACAAAAAUGGUUGGAAGAUUUGUGAUAUAUCAAAACGUCUUUGCAUCACACAUAGUUGUGUGUCGAAAAUUUUAAAUCGGUAUCGUACGACAGGUUCAGUGAAGCCAAAAGAUGCUAAAGAAGGACGAACAGAAUCUCCGCUUGUAACAGCCAUUCGAGACUACCGAACACGUCUUGGUAUGAGCCGACAGGCAGAAAUUCGAGAGCAAUUGAUUGCUGAUGGCAUUUGCAGUCGAGAAAAUGCUCCUUCUCGAUCGUCUAUCAAUCAGUAA